CCUACUUUCAAAAAUCCCGUCCCAAACCAGCGCACUGUCAGCACGCCUGCCACUCCUCGCAAUACCUCAGAAACGAUUCGUGCUGCCAGUGGCAGGCCCGGUAUACCAACAUCACCUGAAGCUCAGAGUAAUUCCUCUUCAGCGCAUAGAACCCCAUCUUCAGAUACCCAACGCAAAGCCUCAUCAUCCCGUACAGCGCUUGUUCACAGUCCCACAGCUCGGAAACCAACUUAUGCAGCGUCCUACAUUGCACAACAAGAGGUUCAAUCUAUGCGGUCUAGUAGCCCCAUGUCCUACCUCAGCAACAGGACAAGCAUUCAGGCACCAGCCAGCUGGAGUGAGGCAGCAGAGGAGGAUCUGGUUUUUAACCUUGGCGCUCGUGAGCGCACGCGUCAAGAAGUCUUAUGGGAGAUAUUGCUGAAGAUGAAGGAAACGUUUAUCGAUCCUCUCUUACAUCCUUUCUCGACCGCACCAGUAACAGCACCAUCACUCCUUGAUGUGGUGGAGGAUUUUUACCUCCGUCCCGAGACUCCCUACAUCCCACCCCCAGGGGGUGUAGAAAACCUCCCCAUUGCGUCUCGAUUCUUGAGCUCGAAUCCAGUUUUUCGACCCAAUUUCAGUUCCCAACCACAACGGAGUCCCAUCGGAAACCAGACGCCUGUUAUUCCGGCCCCCGACGGCGAAUCCUCCGAAGAGGAUGAGAUUGGGCGUGGAUAUGCCACGGGGAAAAAUACAGUGCCGGGGACAACCAAUUCCCCAUACGCCUCUGGGGUGGGUGGACGAGUUGGGAAUAACGCGAAGAAUUUGCCUUUUCCAUCCCGUUCGCAUGUAUCGCUCCCACCACCUCCGCGUCAAAAUCCCCAGGCGUCCACGGCUUCACUCGGACGACAAUCUGUGAUAUACAGCGCGGACCAACCCUAUCGAGGUGGGGCACCUCCGUCAAUUACCCCAGCUCGUGGGGAUAGUAAAUCUUCGAAGAAGCAAUCCACACCUGCUGAGCCCGGUGCGAGUGGUUCGGGCCUUCCGCCUCAUCUACUCCCCGAGGAUCUGCGAGAAUGUCUCAAAGUACUGGAACACACCAUUCUAUCAGGUCAUCUUUCUCUGAACGAAGGGUUGAGGAAGCGAUACGAGGAACAAUAUCCGCUGGUGAGGUCCCUUGCCGAUGUAUUCAUUUCGCAGUCACACAUUCUUCGCGGGUACGCCAAAUACGUCCUCCAUCUUGAGCGUGCAUUGGAGCAGGUGGACAAUGCGCUAUCAACUGCACCUCUUUCCAAGAAGCCCAAGAAGCAGGAUAUUGCCGACUGGAUCCAUGUCAGCACAGUGCUGAAGAAAUUAGAAGAUGACGCAGCUGCAAAGGGGGAGACAGGGCUAGCAAUCUCUUUGUCGAAGCCAUUCCAGCGCCUCCUCAAAUACCCCCUUCUUUUCCAGAAUCUUUUGUUUCACACUGACCCUUCGACAUUCGAAUAUGAAAGUACACUUUCAAUGGUUGCGGAAAUAGAGAAAAUCGUGCGGAGUAUCGAGGACGAGAAGAUACAGAAGGAAGAACGUGAUAAUACGCGGGACGCGCUUGCUCGAAUCGAUGGGUUGGACAAGAACAAGGCUUUAGUUGCACCUAAACCCUCAAGACAGCUUCUUGGGGAGAAACCUCUCUCGGCCGCCUCUUCGGUUUUAACUUCCAACUCGUCGUCACCAGGAAGCAAGGCUGUGGCUGCCGGGACUUCAUCCUCCGCAGCGAACGGCAGUUCCAAAGCCGUCCAAACUAAGACGUCCUUUAGGCGCCUCAGUGUCCCGUUCCAAGGCGGAUCAUCCAGUAAUCCAACACCUGGCGGAAAGAAGGAUCUUUGGCUUGUCACUUUCAGCGAUGUUGUCCUGAGAUGUCAAAGGACCGGCACUACAACUCUCCCCUUGGUGUCAAGCACAUCAUCUAGAGCAACGUCGCUCCCUGAUAUGCAGGGGAAAGGGAAACAUACCACUGUUGGACGGCGAAACUUGAACACAAAACCGAGAAACCUAUACAAGUUUAUCAAAGCGCGUCUUUAUUCAAUCGAGCAUUGGACGAUUGGCGAGGUGGCGAAGCCGAAGGAAGGUGCUGUCACCAUGGAAGAGUGA